CGCUUUGCGGCAAUCAUAUCCUGGCAUCUCUCCGCUCUGCCAAAACUCCAUCAUCUCUGCGACACAAUCCCUUAUGUUUUCUUUGCUUGGGAGUGGAUUCACUCGCACAUAUCCCGGUACUUAAGCUUCAAUGGCUCGUGUACAGCUCGGUGUUAUCUCAUAGUGCUUGACAACUCUCGUUUCCUUUUUCGGGGUCCAACCGUCUGGUGAAACGACGACAUCGUUCUCAAGAGACAAAUCGCAAACUUCAGUUCCAGCGGCCCAUCCACCCUACGAUGCGAAGACAUGGACUCCAGUGACCAUUUCACGGAGAAUUCCCUACGAAAUGAAUACUUUCAUCGAGAGAGGAAAGCCCCUUCCUCGUUAGCCUCCAGAAUUGCCUCCUCUGCCUCUGGUCUAGCUAGGAAUGCUGUAGGUAGUUCCAGCGCCCACGACCUCCCGACGACGCUCUCUUCUGGGUCGGGUGUUAGAAGCAAGCUGCCAAAUGGCCCAUCUUCGAGUUCCCACUCCCACUGGCUCGAAAAUCUGCCUGUCCGUUCAGGACGAUUCGGUACCUUGCAGCCAAGCUCUUCCCAUUCCAGUUUCCGCUCAAGUCCCACUCAAGAAACUCGAAACCACGAUUUUGAAGAGUUUCUGAGCCCGUCACAAGCAACGUUUGACUCUGGUGGAGAAGUACUGCCACACGACCCCUGGACGCACCAACUCAGCCAAGAUGCUUCAAACAACUGGACUUUCUCAGGUUUACCAGCUAGCCAGCAUUCUCUCCAACCAAUCCAGAGCUGUGACGAUGGCACUGAAGUUCGACUUCUUCUAUCUGAUCCAAGGUACAGCCUGGAAACAGACACAAGAGACAUUGAAAUGAUAGACGACGACAUGGAAGAAACCUCCCGUGGCCUGUUCGAAGUGGAGUUCUCUGCAGAGGAACAACGCAGCGUGAUGCAUAUCAAGUCCGUGCUUCCACCAGCGCCUGAACAUCGACCAAUAUCAACAGACAAUCCAUUGUCACUAAAUCCACACUGGACACAAGUGGAUCACUACCAGGAGCCCUCAGCGUCCGACUGGGUCGAUGUACUGAACGGUUACAUAGACAAUGUUUGGGGUCCUAACAGCCAUGCUGCGGUCCAGCUGAAGAAGCUAAGACAUGAAGAUCUUGAGGAUGGUAUCGCCAAAUGGAGCAAUCGUCAGUUGGAUGGCCAGGCACUUUCUCGAUUGAAAAUGGUCUUGGGUCACAUGGUAGAGAAGACACAAAUAAGAAGCACCAUUCAAGAAGCUCAGUCUUCGUCACAAACUUCAUUCGAUACGGCUGUCCGGCAAGAAGUGGGCGCUACGUGGUCGACUACUCCGUCCUUCGCCUUGCCCCAAACUUCUUUUCAGCCGCUAUCGAAAGACCAUGUCACCAAACUUGCAGCUCAAAGCGCCGUCUACCAAGAGGUCAUGCGGACAAAUGAGCAGCAACAAACUCACAGACCCCAACACCAGCCCUUGAGGAGAGACAGUCCAAUGGCAGAGCAAGGUAUGGACGAAGAGUUGUCGAGGCCAGAGUUUCAUUGCCCAUGGAUUCGUUGCCACCAGCGCUUCACAAACGCCAUAGAGCUUCAUCAGCACACGACCGCACACGCACAGUACUCCUGUCCUCAUGAGGAUUGCACUUCUCAGUUCCAGAGCCACCAAGAAUGGGCGGACCACAUCACAGGUCCACAUCAUGACCUGCUCGAGUUCAGCAUCCGGGCCCCAAUCGCUGCCGAGGGAUAAACUCUGUCUCCUGCAGCCUCAUGGGUCAAGCGAUGCGGAUCCGCGUCCCUCCCCCACAUGUGGGGUAGAGGACAGAAUUUAGAGGGUAAUUGGCCUCCUCGCCUUUACUUCUAUUUUUGGAUUUAUUGGAGUCGUUCGCUAUUAUGCAUAUGGAAUGGAAUUCAUUGGCUCAUGAGGCGUUUUGAAGAGGAUCAUCAGGCAGUUCAGGCACCAGCUGGCCUAUUCAUGGCCUAAAACGGCUUCUAGAUAGGGACAUCUCCAUAGUCUUCGCCGGGAACACUAUUGCAU